AUGGCGACUCCGGUUGAUCCACCAAAUGGAGUUAGGAACCAAGGGAAGCAUUACUUCUCUAUGUGGCAAACACUCUUCGAGAUCGACACCAAAUACGUUCCCAUCAAACCCAUAGGCCGUGGCGCGUACGGUGUUGUCUGCUCUUCCGUUAACAGAGAGACUAACGAGAGAGUAGCGAUCAAGAAGAUCCACAAUGUGUUUCAGAACAGGAUCGAUGCGUUGAGGACACUUCGUGAACUCAAGCUACUACGUCAUCUUCGACAUGACAAUGUGAUUGCUCUUAAAGAUGUAAUGAUGGCUAAUCAUAAAAGAACCUUUAAAGAUGUGUAUCUUGUUUACGAGCUCAUGGACACUGAUCUUCACCAGAUUAUCAAGUCUUCUCAAGUGUUGAGUAAUGACCAUUGCCAAUACUUCUUGUUCCAGCUGCUUCGAGGGCUGAAGUAUAUUCAUUCAGCCGACAUUCUCCAUCGAGAUUUGAAACCAGGUAACCUCCUCGUGAACGCAAACUGCGACUUAAAGAUAUGUGACUUUGGUUUAGCGCGCACGAGCAACACCAAAGGUCAGUUCAUGACUGAGUAUGUUGUGACUCGAUGGUACCGAGCACCAGAGCUUCUCCUCUGCUGUGACAACUACGGAACCUCCAUCGAUGUCUGGUCGGUGGGAUGCAUAUUCGCCGAGCUUCUUGGAAGAAAACCGAUAUUCCCGGGGACAGAAUGUCUUAACCAGAUUAAGCUCAUCAUUAACAUUUUGGGGAGCCAGAGAGAGGAAGAUCUCGAGUUUAUCGAUAACCCAAAAGCCAAAAGAUACAUAGAGUCUCUCCCUUACUCACCGGGGAUAUCAUUCUCUCGUCUUUACUCGAAUGCGCAUGUUCUAGCCAUUGAUCUGCUUCAGAAGAUGCUCGUUCUUGACCCUUCCAAGAGGAUUAGUGUUGCGGAAGCGCUUCAGCAUCCGUACAUGGCGCCUUUGUACGACCCAAAUGCCAAUCCUCCUGCUCAAGUUCCUAUUGAUCUCGAUGUAGAUGAAGAUGAGGAUUUGGGGGCGGAGAUGAUAAGAGGGUUGAUGUGGGAGGAAAUGGUUCAUUAUCAUCCAGAAACUGUUAACUCUGAGCUCUGAUCUUAAGUAUUAUGAAGGUAACUUUCAGAGAGAUCUUUCAACUUUUUUUUAAUAAAGUUUGGUUCAUGUUUGCUUGUAACAGUGUUGUUACUAAUAGUGUGUCGAAGAGGAGGAACAAAAAAGUUUUAAUUACGUGAUUUAUUUGUGUCAUGGAAGCUCUGUUUUGCUUUCCUGGAUAUAAACUAAAAUGUCUGUAACAUUUGUACAUAAGAGUUCUGUUUUCUUUA